UUGUCACCUUUACGCAGUGUUUGGGUCGUGACAUGACUUUUAUUUUGUAGGAUACACCACAGUAGUGUAGCGCUACUCAGUUGAGCACAUUAUCGCUGGUUUCACAGAACCUAGAACAACUAUGGCGGAGCCCUCCUUAAGUGGUUCAGGCUCUGAAGGAGCACCUCCAGUGGUCCAGAAUGAGGACAGAGACUUUGAUCCUUCAGCAGACAUGCUCGUACAUGACUUUGAUGAUGAGCGGACUUUAGAAGAAGAGGAAAAGCUGGAGGGAGAGACUAACUUCAGUGCCGAAAUUGAUGACCUCGCUCGAGAGAGUGAGAUGCCCAUCGGGGAUCUUCUGAAAUUGUAUGGCUACGGCACUGGUGGGUCUCCAGAGGAAGAGGAUGGAGAUGUUCAAGAGGAGGAUUCUUCAGAGAAUAAUUGCAGCAGCCAUAGUAAACCCAAAGACGAUGAUCAAGAGAAUCAAGAGGAUGAGGAUGUGCAGUCAUCUGGUGAGGAGCCUCCGUCCUGCAGUGUUUCUCACAGCACAGCUCAACUCCUCUACCCUCGGCCAUCCAAUUACUUGGAAGGGGAUGAGGAAGAAUCUGAAGAUGAUGAUUAUAUUCCAUCUGAAGAUUGGAAGAAGGAAAUCAUGGUUGGUUCGAUGUAUCAAGCAGAGACUCCUGUUGGCCUUUGCAAGUAUAAGGAUAAUGAAAAAGUGUAUGAGAAUGAAGAUCAGCUAUUGUGGAAUCCAGAGUUAAUUCCAGAAGAAAAGGUUGUAGAGUUUUUAGCCGAGGCUUCUAAAUCCAGCGGAGAAGAGACUGGUGUCCAUGCAAUUCCUGAAGGAUCUCACAUCAAAGACAAUGAACAGGCUCUUUAUGAAUUGUUUAAAUGCAACUUUAAUUCAGAAGAAGCUUUAAGAAGAAUGAAAUUUAACGUGAAGCCUGCCAAAGAGGAAAUGUCAGUUUGGACAGAAGAGGAAUGUCGAGGUUUUGAGCAAGGACUCAACACUUACGGAAAAGAUUUCAGCUCAAUACAAGCGAAUAAGGUGAGAACUAGAUCUGUAGGGGAAUGUGUGGCCUUUUAUUACAUGUGGAAGAAAUCUGAGCGUUAUGAUUUCUUUGCACAGCAAACCAAGCUUGGAAAAAGAAAAUACAGUCUUCGCCCUGGAGUUUUAGAUUAUAUGGAGUGUAUUUUGGAGAGCUCUGAGUCCAGUGGAUCUUCGUCUUCACUUCCCAACUUUUCAAACAACAGCAAACACCCAUCUGAGCCAGAGAGUGACACAAAUGCCCAGAACGGUGUAGGAAGCCAUUCCUCCACGCCGCUUCUCUGUGUCACAGAUGAGACAUCACAGACAAACGGCUCCGCCACAUGUCCAGAUAUUUCCACAGCAAACACACCCCCCUGCUCUAACCCUGACGCCAGCAGCCCGAGCACACAAGUCAUGGAGAUCACAGUCAAACAAGAGGAGGAAGAACUCUGUGAAAGACCUCUCAAAAGGCUUCGGACUGACACAGAGCCCAGUAGUGAGGGGCCUGUCCCCCACAGCAAAACAGAAACGGUCUGACUCACCAGCAGAAACCUCAGAUCAGGGCUUGAUACAGGCCCUGUUUUUAGCAUGAAGGUAGCUGAGAUGUGUGUGUGUGAAUUUCAGGGAUGCAAAUGAAGCACAUUUCUGUCCUCUCACAUUACUGCCGCUGAGCUCAGUUCAUAUCUCAAACACUCAUGAUAGACUGUCCUAUCAGACAGUCAACUCUGUAGCACUAUUUAUUAAUAUAGGUUAAGAUGAUCAAUGUAAUUCUGUUUGCUCUAGAAACAUCUGACAGAUUGUAUUUUAUUGUUUGGUGUGCAUAACAUUGCUCUAACUGUAAAUGCACACCGUGGAAAAGCCCUCUUGAUUUUAUAUGAAGUGUAAUACUGUAAAUAUUCCAAAUCUGAAACGAUUAAAAUAAUACACUUUUGUAUUUGGAACAUUUUGAAUAUUUCAGGCGGUUGUAAAAAUGUCUUUCUAAUGUUGCAACAUUCCAUCCUUUUCAUUUCUGAAUUUCCUAUUUGACCAAAGUGAAUGGUUGAUAUUGGUCUUUUAACACAAAGCAUUUUUAGAAGAUAUUUCCUCUUUAUAUGAAAUAUUGUCUUAUUUUUGUAUUUGAUAGCUAUUUAUUUUUUUUAAUCAGAUAUUGGUGAUGCAUGAGGCCAGUAUACAGAGUAUAUUUGUAUAGGCUGGAACGAGUAGUCUUGAAUUAAAAAGGCAGAGCAGAAA